CCGCGGCCUCGAACGAAGAAUCCAUGGCGACGCAAGAAGCCGAGGUCGUCGACGUCGACCCGUACGACGCGCCGGAAUCGCGCUUCGCUCCGGUCGCCGGCGGGGGCGACAGUAAGUCCAACGCCAUCUUCGUCGAGCAGUACGACGAGGACAGAGACCUCUACGCGGCUAUCGCCGCUUCUCUUAUCCAAACGACUCCCCGGAGCUUCAACGAGGACGGCGACGACGUGCGAGUCCUGGACUCGCUUCCCGCCGGAACAAGGUCGUCGUCCUCGCGGAAGCGAAAGAAGCAAUACAGUGGCUCGUCGGUCACCGAACGUGGUCAGUCGUCGAAUUCCAAGCCGGAUCCUUCGUUCAUCUGUGAGAUUUGCGUCGAGCCGAAGAUGGGUGGCGAGCUGUUCCGGAUCAAGGGCUGUAGUCACGCGUACUGCAACGACUGCGUCACUAAGUACGUUAGUUCGAAGCUCCACGACAACGUGACGCGCAUAGGCUGCCCCGUGUCGGGCUGCGGCGGCGUCCUGGAGCCGGGGUACUGUCAGUCGAUACUCCCUCCGGAGGUGUUCGAGCGCUGGGGCAAUGCGCUGUGUGAAGCUCUGAUCCUGGAGGCGGAGAGGUUUUACUGCCCGUUCAAGGACUGCUCGGCCCUGCUGAUCAAGGACGAGUGUGCGGCCGUCUUGAGGGAAUCGGAGUGUCCGAACUGCCGGAGGCUGUUCUGUGCACAGUGCAGGGUGCCGUGGCAUGCGGAGAUUGGGUGUAAGGAGUUUCAGGGGUUGAAGGAGGGGGAGAGGGAGAGGGAAGACAUCAUGUUGAAGAAGCUGGCGGAGAGUAAGCAUUGGAGGAGGUGCCCCAAGUGCAGUUUCUACGUUCAGAAGAUCUCUGGUUGCCAGGACGUGAGGUGCAGGUGUGGAGUUCGAUUCUGCUACCGAUGUGGAGGCCAGGGGCCAGGGCAUGAUUACUGUCAAAGGAGGCCUUGUUGAAUCCUCUUGGCAUGAUGUGCAUAAUCUCAUCUUUAGGCUUUGCGGCACGGCAAUAUAUCCAUCUUCUGAUAGAUUUAAUACGAAACUAUAUCUGAAGUAGUUCUUAACUAGAUUUUGGUUCCUCU